AUGCGCGUUCGCCGCGGGUCCUCGCUUCAGCCCACGGCCGGCAACCGUCCCGCGACUAUUGUCCAGGACUCUCCAAGGCCUACUCUCAAGCCUCAAUGUUCGUCAAAGGCCCAGGCCUUCGCUUACUCGUGCUGCGCUGGAAAGGAACGGAGCACCGACUCUGAGUUCGCUUCGGGGAGAGCUGACGCUGCCAAGUCCGUCUCGGCCGUCGUCGAAAGCCAGGCCGACACCUUCCGCCGCGAAAGACCGGGGCCCGGUCCCCUGACCAUGUCUGUUCAGGACACUACUUGCAAUGAUUGCGCCGCCGCGAUCGAGAGAACCUUCAAGGCGGUCAUAGGCACCCGCCAUGUCCGCGGUAGCUUCAUCACCCGCUUUCAGGCCAAGCUCUCCUUCGACCCGGCCCCCGUCAGCGCUGACGAGAGCAUCGUCGAAGCUAGUACCGGGCACGGGGCUCGCCAUCGUCAAGCUCGUGCAGCCCGGCGAUGA